AUUGUUUAUUUCCCGUUUUUAUUUUCAUAAAAAACACGUUGUGAAUUUGUUCGAAUGCUUCGAUUAUAAUGUUAAAGGAAGGUAUGGAUAAGAAAGAGAAAAAGGCAAAUCCAAAAGCACACAAAAGACUGAUAGAUAAAAACGUGAAUGAGGAAACUGUCAAUUACUAUGUACGAAUAGCAGCGACACUAGAUGAGGGGUUUGAAGGAGACGAAGACAGAGAGCUUUUUUUACGGAAUGUAUUUAUUCAACUUGAAAAAGAGGACAUUCACGUGUUUAUGCAUCCAUCACUGCAGGAUGUGUUGGUUAAGCUAACAGAACUAAGUAAUGUCGAACAAACUAUAAAACUCCUCCAGAUUCUGAAAGAUAACACAGCAGAAUUAUUAAAUGAUGGAAAAGCCAGGAAGGUCAUGUGUAGUCUACUCCUACAAGUGGCGGAGUUUUCUGGUGGAGAGAAAUCUAAGGAGCAGCAGGAGCACUUGGAGGAGCUACAGGAAGUGUUUUUGGAGAUUUGUCAGAGUCUGAAGGGGGAUGUGGAGAAUGUCCUCGUGGUCAAGACUGUAUUACAGGUUCUGAGUGGCCAUGUCAACAUGUCAGCUAAAGAUAUUGGAAUGAAGAGAAAUAAAACAACAUGGAACUACACUCCUCCCACAGAAUUUAUUCAAACAUUUCAUGAAAUGUGUGAGGAGAUUUUUAGUUUGGAUGACAUUCAAGAGAAGGUGGAGCACAACAAGGCCAGCAUGGUCCUGACCCACGUGUUCCCUCUCCUCCACAAAGUGAAGACACCCACCUGUCACAAGUUCAUCAGGAAAUACCUCACCUUGUCGGGAGUCCUGACCGACCACGAAAAGUUCCAGUGGCUGGUGUCUGACAGCAGAGGGUCGUUCCUGAUGCAGACAAUCAUCGAGUGCUGCUCGGACGAGAUCUACACUGAACUAUACUCAUCGGUCUGUAAGGGGCACCUGCUGAGUCUGGCCGUCCACCCUCAGGCCAACUUUGUCCUGGAGAGCCUCAUCAAGGGCGCCAAGGACAAGGAACAGUUUGAGGAGAUAUUUGUGGAGCUGAAGGAGAACUUUGAGGACAUCCUGGCCUUCAACCAUCUGAGGGUGAUCACCAGCCUAGCCAAGGCUGCCUGUCAGCUAAAGACCUGUCAGAUGAAGCUAGUGAAGCAUUUAUUGAGGGCGUUUCACUGCUUUGAGCCAGAAGAUCGACAGAUAAUGUUUGUUCCACUUCUGGCCACCUUGACUACUUAUGAAGUGCAUUUUGGAAUUGAGGAGGGUUCAGACAAACCAGAAAAUGAGAAUCCAACACUAGGGAAAGUGAACAUACAUGGGUCUCUCAUUUUACAAACAUUACUUGAGUUUAAGAAUCCAAAAUAUGUUGUAAACAGUCUACUGCACAUGACCCCGAAGAACCUGCAGUGCCUGGCCUGUGACCCCUCAGGGAGUCACAUAAUGGAGGUUUAUUUCAAAAGCACCACUGUCACAGAGAAAAAUAAAGCAGCUAUGGUUGACAGAUUACAGGAUGUACUACAAGACAUAGCCUGUAGUUCCUGUGGGUCCUGGAUAAUUGAAACCAUGUGGACAGAACUCCCUCUCCCUCAGAAAACAGUCAUUGUUAAGGCUCUAGCCAAGCAUGACAGACGCUUAGCAGGUGAUCAAUAUGGUCGAUUCAUCCACAGAAACUGUGGUGUGUCCACGUAUAUCAACAGUGUCAGGAACUGGACAGAGAUGCAGACCAGCAGUCAAAAGAAACGAAAGAUGUUUGAAGACAUACUUCAAACCUCGGGUACAAAGACAAAGAAAAAGAAAGAAUAAUUUUGUAAAAAAAAAAAUGACCUAAUAAAACAGAUAAAGAAAUUUU